UGCCGUCGGUGGGCGCGGCGUGGUGACGUAAGACGCUCGCCUCCAUCUACCCGCUGGCUCCUGUCUCCGGGAGAGAAGGAAUCGUUGUCGGUUAUCAUGGUCCCUCCGGUGCAGGUCUCGCCUUUGAUCAAGAUGGCUCGGUACUCGGCAUUGCUGGUCGGUAUCAUCUACGGAAAGAAGCGAUAUGAUUAUCUGAAGCCUGUUGCUGAAGAGGAGAGGAGAAUUGAGGCUGAAGAGAAAAAGAAACGAGAUGAGCUUGAACGAAUUGCAAAACAGUUGGCGGAAGCUAAUGAAGACACUAUUCUGAAAUGAUGACCGUUUUUAAAAACAAAAGUACAGAUGAAGAAUCUGCACUACGGUUUGCUAGAAUGGACUUAUCAGAUGUAUCUAUUCAACACACAAUGUGGUGUGCUUUUUUCAGUGAGAGAAUAAAUUUUAUUUGAACAACAUAACAAACUGUCUUUUGUUAAUUUAAUUUCUUUGUAAUCGACUGUGGAGAAGUUGAUUUUGUGAAUGAACUGUCAACAUUAUCUGUUGAUGUAUGCUUUCGAAUUUCAGGACUGAAUCACUGACUUGCAAAUAUGUUUGUCAUCUUUAAAAGCUUAAAGUUUGUUUUAUAACAACAGUUUGUAGUUCAUCACAGCUAGAUACUUUUCUGAAUACUGACCAGUGUUCUGUUAACAAGGCCAAAAUAAAAUAUUUUCAGUAAUUUA